AUGGACUUUUAAUUGCCCAAGAGGUAUGGACUCAACAAACCUACUUUUAAAGUGAUGGCUGGCUAACAUUUUGCCAAAUUCGAUUCCUCACUCAAACCCCUCAAAAAUCUGAACACAUUCAUCGAUCUCUCUAAACCCAUCAAAGAACUCAAUUACAUCGAACACAGGAAGGUUCGUCAGAUUAUGCAGCAUCUCAAAUUCCAAUCCCAGAGUCGCAGAUUCAUAAACCAUUAGGAUGAAUAGAUUGCUGCCAUCAGUUAACAAUUGGAAAUGGAAUUGGAAAACCUCGCAAGAGAAGAUUGUCCAACACCCCAAGUAGAUUUAGUCAAACUCAAAUUCCCACCUGAAAUGCAAACUAAAUUCGUACAUGAAUCAGCAGCUACUCUCGAAACUCAUUACAAUCUCCAUCGAAUCAAAGAAAGAAUGAAUCAUCGCAACAUUACCUUAACAGAAAGUGAUCUACUCAAUAAAAUUACAUCCAUCAAUUUCCAAACUGCAAGAAACACUGACACUAAAGAAUUUUAUCUUAAUUUUAAUAGUUCUCAUCCAAGAGCAAAGAAAGAACAGCAUUAAUUAAGUCUUGAUGAAAAAUACUAUAUACUUAAGGAAUAUUUAAAAGAAAGAGGUAUAGUAAUUGGAAGGAAGGAAUCUGUUCCUAACGAAGGAUACUUGUAAUUCUAUCAUGAAACAACCAACAGAUUAAUGAAAUAAACAAAAGAGCAGCAACUCUUGAUGUUCAGAAAGAGCAUUACUCUCAAGACUGCUCCCGACAACUAGGAUCAUUCUCCACUUAAAAAAAUGAGUAUAACCAAAAUCACCACUGUACCAACUACUGUAGGAACUACACCUGCCAUAAUUGGGGUAACUCCAAGCAAUUUGACUACUCUCCAUUAAUCCAUAAUCAGAUUGAAUGCGGGUAACAAUAGUUCUCCAGUCUUCAUUUCUCAUAGACAUAGGAUAGAAAGAGAGAAAUCGCCUGAAAAACCGUACUCUGAAAAAUGGCAGGAUUUUUAAAAUAAGACAGAGGCUUUGCAAAGUUAUUACCUUCACGAGGGAAAAGAGUGUUAACAGACUUUGGAAGAUUUGGAGAACACCAUAGAAAAACCAUACUUGAGACACUUCAAUUAAAUCAUUAAAGUGGAGUAAGAGCAAGGAAACUUGGAGGUGGAAUAAAAACAAAACAAAAUAAUGAGAAAGAGAAAAUAAAAUUUGCCAAAAAAAUUAAGAAUGCAGAAGAUCUUCAAAUCUGAAUUAUAAUGA